AGAAGGAGCAUAAAAAAGAGACAGAGAGGCACGAUGGCUGAAUUCAGAUGGAUUCAAAUGUUUUUAUUUCUGAUACUGGAGCUUCAGAUUACAGUGACUGAACAGUAUUCCUCCAUCAUCAGAAAUGGAGAUGAUGUGACUUUGCCUUGUGAAAGUGUGACAGCCAAUCAGAAUAAAUGUGACAAUACUAACUGGAUCUUCAGCAGUUCAGGAGGAUACCCAGUGGAUCUGGUCAAACAUGGACAGAUUCAUGAAGAUACCGAAGUUAAAUCAGACAGACUGGGUGUUACAGCGAACUGUUCUCUGGUUAUAAAGAAGAUCACACAAGAGGAUGCUGGUGUUUAUUACUGUCGACAGCACAUAUCAGGACAAGAACCCCAGGUUGAUCUGUCUGUUAUUAACAUUUAUGAACAUCAGGAUGAUGAUAAGGUGACAUUAACCUGCUCUGUGUUGAAAUAUGAACACUGUCAAGACACAGUGGAGUGGCUGUAUGACGGUAAUAGUGAUGAUUUCACAAACCUGGGGAAAAGUUCUUGCGGAGCCGCUGUGACAUUUACAGCUUCUAAUCUUAAUCAGACGUCACAUUAUUCUGAGUUAUUUAAGUGUAAAGUGACUGAACGUAACGGCGGGACACUGCUGUGUAACGUCACCCCUCAGUCCUCAUGUGAGAAACACACUAUAUCAACAGGAAACAUGGGAGGGACAAGGGAGGAAAACAAAACGUCUGCACACAAUGAUGAUCCAACAAAACUACCUGUUUGUACAGAUUGUUCUGCUCUGAGCUACAUAAUGUUGGUGAUGCGUGUGGCUGAACUCCUCCUCAUCACUGUGAUUACUGUUCUUCUCUUCAGAGCUCGAGGGAACCAGAGACCACCUGAUGACAAUAUUGAUUUAAACUCAGUAAGAAGCCAAACAGCGAAGCGUUCUGGUCCAGCAGCCAGUCAGGAGCAGAAUGAUGAAGAUGAUGGUGCGGUGAACUAUGAAAACUUUGGAGAACCUUCUACUUCUGUCAGACUCCACUGAUCAACGACUUCCACACCAACAUCAACUCACCAGAGAAACGACUCCCUUGCUGUUAUAUCAUUAAUAUGGUCUCAGUUUUACAUGAGUAGUUGAAUUCUUUACAUAAAGAAAGAAUCAUAAGAUCACUUUGAGAUUCGUAUGUUUUGUGUGCUGAGAAAUUUUUAUUUUUAGUCUGACUUGGACAACAAUAUUCAAAUCUGGAUUUUAUCUCAUGUUAAGAAGCUGUGAGUUUUAUUAAAUGUCUUUUCCUGCAUUAUUUCUCAAACUUUUCUUGCUACUUUUGUUGCUGCUUUUUAAGCUGCAGCAGCUUCAGAUCAGUUUCAUGUUUAAGUUUACAGAAUAAUUAAUUUUAACUUUCAUUUAUCAUUGUUAACAUGUUUGUCAGGAAGCCAACAUGUGUUUGAUUUGAAUGAGCUUUGAGUCUUACUGCAGUCAGUAACAGUCUUCUCUUUAUUAUAUCUGAUAAUAAUGUAAUUUGCAAAUAAAGAAAUAUUUAACAGUUAA